ACCACUGUGAAUCACUGCUGACCCACUGGGCCUGGUUCUGGUUCUGAUUCUGGGUUCCACAGCACAUCUUUGGCUUAUUGGGACCACUGGGAAGGUCCAUUUAGACUUCCGGGUCAUCCAGAAACUCUGGCCCUGGGAAUGUCUCAGUGGACACCAAAACCAGACAAAGAAUCAUUUCCUGUCCUCUUCAUCACCAUGACUCUGGGAGUGAUGAUGAUGAGCUGCAACCACUGGCCUCGGGUUCUACAGAACUGGGUCAAAGGAGGUCACUGAACGUCCACUAUAAGGGGCACCAGGUGCUGGUUCUGACCCAUCUUGGAUCACUGAUGGGUCAGAACCAGGUGCUGGUUCUGACCCAUCUUGGAUCACUGAAUGUGUUUGACCUUCUGAAAACCAUCUGAGUCCAGCUGGACCCUCCAGAAUCCUGUUGGUUCUGUUCUGAAGGAGGAACCUCAAAGUUUACUGAAAAACACCCACACGUCACUAACAUGCAGGCACACGUCACACCUCGGAAAAAAUUCAAAAUAAAAGCCUCAGGACCUCAUGCUGACGGAUUCCUGCUCUAGUGAAAAUGUUCUGCCGGUUCGACCCAUAAAACGAAAAUUACUCUUUUAAUAAAACCAUCUUCAGAAGAACUUUAGGGGUUUUCUGCUUCAAGCGAUCCGAGCUGCGGAUCUACGAUCAAAACACAAAACGGAAUGGUGGGACUUUUAUUUUGAAAGUAAUGUCAUCUUUGGGCGGAAGCAGUUUUCAUGUAGACUCGCUUUACUUCAGCUAAAAGACUCCCAGGAACUUUCUGUCGGGCGGUACCGCUCCGGUCCGGUGCCGAACUGUUCGUUUGAAUGUUGAUGGUUCGGUUCGGAGCACGCGACUGUUUCACACCAAGAGCGCAGAACCGGAACCAGGUACCGAGCCAAGGUGAGGUCAUCAUCAGCGUAGUGAUCUGAGAUCCGCUGCAGCGACAGACUGGUUCCGAACUGACUGGCUCAUCAGCCGAACUGGUUUCUGAGUCGGAUCUUCUGCAGAAAAACUUUAACCCAGACCAGUUCAGGAACCGGUUCGGACCCCAGGAAGCCAUGCGGGUCUAGUUGGACUAAGACUGCGGUUCCGUCCGAAGCCCUAAGCUGCUCGUCGUGGUUCCCACAGCUCCCAUCGCUCCCAUCGCUCCCAUCGCUCCCAUCGCUCCCAGCGCCCCGCCAUGAGCCUCCACCCCCGCAGGAUCCGCCUGAAGCCCUGGCUGCUGGCCCAGGUGAACAGCGGCAGGUAUCCGGGUCUGCAGUGGCUCGGUUCGGAGCAGCGGCUGUUUCAGAUCCCAUGGAAACACGCGACCCGCCACACGCCGAUGUCGGAGGAGGAGAACACCAUCUUUAAGGCUUGGGCCGUGGAGACCGGGAAGUACCAGGAGGCCGUGGACGAACCGGACCCGGCCAAGUGGAAGGCGAACCUGCGCUGCGCGCUCAACAAGAGCCGCGAGUUCCGGCUCAGGUUCGACGGAACCAAGGAGACGCCGCUCCGCCCCUACAAGAUCUACGAGGUCUGCGACGGAACCGGCGCCGCAGACGGAGCCGAGGACGACGAUGAGGAGAUGCCGGACCUCACCGAUCUCUCCAUCAAUCCUCGGAUCGAGCCCGCCUCUUUUCCACCCUUCGGGUCGGCCCAGGUGAUCCCGAUGCCGCUGCUGCCUCUGACCUCUGACCUCCAGCCUCGGGGUUCAAUGGCAGACCCGAGUAGCUUCGAUCCGGCCGGGCUCCAGAACCUGAACCCGCGGUCCUCCACUCAGCCAGAAUGCAUGGAGGCCAGCAGCAUGGAGUCCGUCCAGAACCAGUCGGACCAUCAGAACCAGCAGUCCUGCAAGUAUGACCUGCUGAGCAGCGUCCCACUAACAGAUCUGGACCUGAAGUUCUGGUACCGGGGCCGGGCCAUGGGCUCCCUGACGGUCAGCAACCCCCAGGGCUGCCGGCUCUACUACGGCCACCUGGGACCGACUCCGGAGCAGGUGGACCUGUUCGGUCCAGUCAGUCUGCAGCAGGUUCUGUUCCCGGGAACGGCAGAGGUCCAGAACCAGAAGCAGCGGUUCUACACGGACGCUCUGCUGGACGUGAUGGACCGCGGUCUGAUCCUGGAGAUCCAGCAGCAGGACAUCUACGCCAUCCGCCUCUGUCAGUGCAAGGUAUUCUGGUCUGGCCCAGGAAUGCCAGAACUGGGUCCACCCAACCCCAUGGAGCGGGAGAGGAGGAUCCGGGUGUUCAGCCUGAACGACUUCCUGCAAGGGCUCAUCUCGUUCCAGAAGGGUGAAGCUGCCAACCCGCCACCGUUCGACGUUUUCUUCUGCUUCGGAGAGGACUGGCCGGACAGGAAGCCCAAAGAGAAGAAGCUCAUCAUGGUCCAGGUGGUUCCGGUGGUGGCCCGGAUCCUCACGGAGAUGUUCUCUGGAGAACUGGCCUGGUCCACCGACAGCAUCCGGCUGCAGAUCUCCAACCCGGACGUCAAGGACCAGACGGUGGAGCAGUUCAAGGAGCUGCAGCGACUGCUCCAGAACCAACUGGGUCCAACUGGGCCCUGGGCCCCCGCUGGCUCUCUAGAGGCCCCUACUGGGUUCUCCAUGGGGACCAGCUGAUACCAGAACCUGGACCAGAACUCUGGGGUUCAACCUCUGUGACAUCACGAAGGGUUGAGUCGUUGGUGGACCAGAACCGACCAGAACGGUUUUCUACUUUGCUGUCCAGGCAUUUGGUUCUGAAUACCUCCGAACUCUCAGUCCGGGUUCUGCUUGCCUACCCGGUCCCACUUGCUGACUCAGAAGGUUCUGGUUCCUUCCUGAAGGUUUUUAUUUGGACUUUGGCUGCUUCAGGUUCUGGUUCUGACCGAACCCAGACCUGGCCACACAGAACCUGUUAAUCACAGUUCCAGGUAGUUUGGUGCCGGUAGCCGGUUGGUCAGUGCGACCCGAACCGGAGACAGAAGCAUGGUUCUGGCUGGUGGGGAAUUCUUUAGCGGUUCAGGAACUCUUUUAGAACCGAGUCAGUCAGACCCGAUUAAACGAUUUCCGUCUGGCAAGUCCGGUACCACCAAGUGUCCAAGUUAGAACCGCUGCAGUAUUCUGGUCCAUCAGAACCAAAUCUGCAUUUCAUCAGUGAUUGUCCAGUUUGCUCUCUGGCGCCGUCCAGAGGAUGGACCGGGCCCUGCAGCAGGAACCAGUCCAACCAGAACUCCCAGUCUCAGCAGGGAUGACCUCACCCUUCAUCAGGUGGGGUCAGCUUACAGAAACACCUGAGCUCAGGUGUUACUGCCCCCCGGUUACGGGUUAGACCGGUCCCAGUGUCUCCCUUUCUAAAACCACAGAAGAAGAAGCAAUGUUUUCAGCUGUUUUAUUGUUUACAGCAAGGCUACAUCACCACUGAUGUCAUGGUGUCAGUCCGCCUCAUUACCCACAGUCCUCUCUGUUUCCAUUCAUGGAAAAACAACUAAAAUAAACCAAAGAUAAAAGGUCAAAGGUGACGCCAAAUCCUCCAGCGUUCCGCCACGCGGCCCACAGCAUCAUGGGGAAUUUUUUGGCUCUGUUUUUUGGCA